AUGGCCGAUUUAAAGGCGGAUUUGAAGAAGCCACUGCUUCCUCCGCGCAGACCUCCCGUACCCACAAUCAUCCCCCCGCAGCCUCCCCCAGUUGGCGGGCUCUCCGCCGCUCUCCCCGGUCCUCCGCAAGCCCAGUUCCGCCUAGGCGGAAAACCCCCACCUGCUCCAGCUCCCUCCGCCGCGCCAUUAUCCCCGCGCCUCUCGCCGCUACUCACGCCGCAUUUUACGGGCACUGCCGCCAGUAGGGACCUAGGAUCCGCCUCGUCCGCGUCCGGCUCGAUAGCAUCGGGGGGAACGGGAACUAGCGCGGUCACCAACGGCCUGCGGGGAGGCGGAGGCGGAGGGUUAGGGGGAGCGGGAGGAGUAGGCGGAGGGUUCGGGGGAGCGGGGGCUCCGCCUCCUCCGCCGGUGGGGCCGAAGAAGAAGCGCGGGCAGGGCGUGCGGUCGUGGAUUAGAAUCGACCCGUCGGGGGAAGUUAGCAUCCUGGAAGUGGACAAAGGCACUCUGAUGCGCCGAUGUGACCUCCCCGGGCGAGACCUGCGGCUGCUGGACCCAGUGUUUGUGUAUCCGUCCACCAUCCUGGGGCGAGAGCGCGCCAUGGUGGUGAAUCUGGAGAGCAUCCGCUGCAUCAUCACAGCGGACGAGGUGCUCCUGCUCAAUGUCACCGACCCUGCCGUGCAGCAGUUCAAGCAAGCACUGCAGCGGCGGCUGCUGCUGGGCAUGGCUGCCCCCUCUGACUUCAGAGUGCUGUGGGGAACGGAGAGACCAGGAGAGAAUGGCUUCACACUGGAUGCUCCAAACGCCAGCAUUCAGAGACGCGAGAUCAGCAGUGAGGACAUGUUCAGCGGAUCGGGCAGCACAGCAGAGGAGGACGACUUGCCCUUCGAGUUUAAGGCUCUUGAGCUUGCCCUCGAGCUUUCCUGCUCGGGCCUCGAUCGACAGGCGCAGGAGCUAGCACAGGAAGCGUAUCCGCUAUUGGAGCGUCUUGCGUUUCAGAUCAGUACAACCAACCUGGAGCUCGUGCGGCGCAUCAAGAGCAGCCUGCUGGGCCUCACCCGUCGCGUGCAAAAGGUGAGGGACGAGAUAGAGCAACUGAUGGACGACGAUGGGGACAUGGCGGAGAUGUACCUCACCCAGAAGCGCCUGCUGGCAGAGGAGCGCAGUGAGAGCGAGCGAUUAGGGGGGCACCGGGAUGACGGCAGCGACCACUCGCACACUCCGAGGGAGUCCCUUGGGGGGUUCGGAUCGUCCAUUUCUGCUCCUGUGUCGCCAGCUGGCUCUCCAACCAAACAUACUCCUCGCCUCGCCUCCCACCAACCCCCCUUCAACAACUACCAGGAAAGGCACUACUUAGACGGUCAGCCGUCGGGGAUGGGUGCAAGUGACAGCACGGCAACGAGCGUGGAGAACGUUGAGGAACUAGAGAUGUUGCUGGAGGCAUACUUUGUGGUGAUUGACGGCAUGAUGAACAAGCUGACCCCCACCCCCUCCUUCUUCCCGUUUCCCCUCUCCUCUCCUUCCCACAUUCAACCACAGGGAAGCCACUACCUCGACGGUCGGCCGUCCGGCUUGGGUGGAGCGCCGCCGUCCAUCAGCUUCUGGAGCGGCGCGCACAGCGCCAGUGACAGCACGGCGACAAGUGUGGAGAACGUAGAGGAACUAGAGAUGCUGCUGGAGGCAUACUUUGUGGUGAUUGAUGGCACGCUGAACAAGCCGACCCCCACCCCCUCCUUCUUCCCGUUUCCCCUCCCCUCUCCUUCCCACAUUAAACCACAGGGAAGCCACUACCUGGACGGUCGGCCGUCCGGCUUGGGUGGAGCGCCGCCGUCCAUCAGCUUCUGGAGCGGCGCGCACAGCGCCAGUGACAGCACGGCGACAAGUGUGGAGAACGUGGAGGAACUAGAGAUGCUGCUGGAGGCAUACUUUGUGGUGAUUGAUGGCACGCUGAACAAGCUGACCCCCACCCCCUCCUUCUUCCCGUUUCCCCUCUCCUCUCCUUCCCACAUUCAACCACAGGGAAGCCACUACCUCGACGGUCGGCCGUCCGGCUUGGGUGGAGCGCCGCCGUCCAUCAGCUUCUGGAGCGGCGCGCACAGCGCCAGUGACAGCACGGCGACAAGUGUGGAGAACGUGGAGGAACUAGAGAUGCUGCUGGAGGCAUACUUUGUGGUGAUUGAUGGCACGCUGAACAAGCCGACCCCCACCCCCUCCUUCUUCCCGUUUCCCCUCCCCUCUCCUUCCCACAUUGAACCACAGGGAAGCCACUACCUGGACGGUCGGCCGUCCGGCUUGGGUGGAGCGCCGCCGUCCAUCAGCUUCUGGAGCGGCGCGCACAGCGCCAGUGACAGCACGGCAACGAGCGUGGAGAACGUGGAGGAACUAGAGAUGUUGCUGGAGGCAUACUUUGUGGUGAUUGACGGCACGCUGAACAAGCUGACCCCCACCCCCUCCUUCUUCCCGUUUCCCCUCCCCUCUCCUUCCCACACUGAACCACAGGGAAGCCACUACCUGGACGGUCGGCCGUCCGGCUUGGGUGGAGCACCGCCGUCCAUCAGCUUCUGGAGCGACGCGCACAGCGCCAGUGACAGCACGGCGACAAGUGUGGAGAACGUGGAGGAACUAGAGAUGCUGCUGGAGGCAUACUUUGUGGUGAUUGAUGGCACGCUGAACAAGCCGACCCCCACCCCCUACUUCUUCCCGUUUCCCCUCCCCUCUCCUUCCCACAUUGAACCACAGGGAAGCCACUACCUGGACGGUCGGCCGUCCGGCUUGGGCGGAGCGCCGCCGUCCAUCAGCUUCUGGAGCGGCGCGCACAGCGCCAGUGACAGCACGGCGACAAGUGUGGAGAACGUGGAGGAACUAGAGAUGUUGCUGGAGGCAUACUUUGUGGUGAUUGACGGCACGCUGAACAAGCUGACCCCCACCCCCUCCUUCUUCCCGUUUCCCCUCUCCUCUCCUUCCCACUUUCAACCACAGGGAAGCCACUACCUCGACGGUCGGCCGUCCGGCUUGGGUGGAGCGCCGCCGUCCAUCAGCUUCUGGAGCGGCGCGCACAGCGCCAGUGACAGCACGGCGACAAGUGUGGAGAACGUUGAGGAACUAGAGAUGUUGCUGGAGGCAUACUUUGUGGUGAUUGAUGGCACGCUGAACAAGCCGACCCCCACCCCCUACUUCUUCCCGUUUCCCCUCCCCUCUCCUUCCCACAUUGAACCACAGGGAAGCCACUACCUGGACGGUCGGCCGUCCGGCUUGGGUGGAGCGCCGCCGUCCAUCAGCUUCUGGAGCGGCGCGCACAGCGCCAGUGACAGCACGGCGACAAGUUUGGAGAACGUGGAGGAACUAGAGAUGUUGCUGGAGGCAUACUUUGUGGUGAUUGACGGCACGCUGAACAAGCUGACCCCCACCCCCUCCUUCUUCCCGUUUCCCCUCCCCUCUCCUUCCCACACUGAACCACAGGGAAGCCACUACCUGGACGGUCGGCCGUCCGGCUUGGGUGGAGCGCCGCCGUCCAUCAGCUUCUGGAGCGGCGCGCACAGCGCCAGUGACAGCACGGCGACAAGUGUGGAGAACGUGGAGGAACUAGAGAUGCUGCUGGAGGCAUACUUUGUGGUGAUUGAUGGCACGCUGAACAAGCUGACGCAGCUGUCGCAAUACAUUGAUGACACGGAGGAUUUCAUUAAUAUUCAGCUGGAUAAUGUUCGCAAUCAGCUCAUUCAAUUCGAACUCAUCAUGACCACCGCUGGUGCGGUUUGUGGUGGGGCUGGGGGGGGUGAUUGUGCCUCUGGGACUGGAGAGGAGGGUGGGUGGGCAGUGCAGGAAGGGCAUGUUGACUCAAGCACAGUCCCAGGCCUGUGCAAACACUCACCGCUCCCUCCUCUCCCCACACCUGUUUCCUGCUGCCCCCUGCAAUCCCACCUAUCUACUUCUUCCCAUCCAUUGGCAGGGUUCGAGGUGGUGCUGUGGGGGGUGAUUGGGAUGAACGUGCCGCUGGGAUUGGAGGAGGACCCAUCCGCCCUCAAGUGGAUCCUCAUUGACUCGGGUGUGGGCGGUGCGGGGACGACACCUUUAGUCAAGCACCGGUUCGUGGUGGCGCUGUGGGGGGUGAUAGCGGGCACGUUUGGGAUGAACGUGCCUUUGGGCCUGGAGGAGGACCCGUCGGCCCUCAAGUGGAUCCUCAUUGACUCGGGUGUGGGCGGUGUCCUCAUCUUCCUCGCCUUCCUCGCAUUCUUCCGAUACAAGAAUUGGACCAUCACUUGA